GAGACUGGCUUAGGCAAAAAAUUGACAUCUGCUCACGGACAUAUACCCACAAAUAACAGUUAUGGUUACCAUAGCAAGCAAAGUUCAUCUCCACCCUGCCUUCUGCAAUCAGAGGAAAGCAAUGCCAAAGCCUCAACACAAGUAUCGCCAAUUAAUUUAGAUGCUCAAUCACCUCUCUCAGUAGGUGCGCCAAUUAUUUCCGAUGUGCUUCAUAUGGGUUCCCAAGGCAUGAUUACGGAGAGUGCUACCGCAAGUGGUACCAGCAAUAGUAGUGCACAGUCGGUUACGCCAUUUAUGCCAGAAAGUAGCACAGCUAUUGGACUGAUGGAACACAAACAUGAAAUGGUUGUGCCAAAUGAGCUAAUUGGUUGCAUAAUUGGUCGAGGUGGAAACAAAAUUAAUGAAAUCCGACAGGUAUACACCAAUACUUCUCCGUUCUACUGA